CGCCCACUUACUUCUCUGCUUCCAUCACAUUCUGUUACGACGGGUACAUACAUACAGCUGUUCCAAAUCUUUUGCCGGUAUUUGAUGACGUCGUGCGUUGGUGUCGAGUUCAGCAUCGUAUCCUUUUCCUUUUAGGUCGUCUCACUCUCACCCACAACCGGACAUCAAGAUGGAAGCACAGUUUCUUACUAAGUCAUCCAUAUAAACCAGCUCUCAGUCCUUGCAAUAUCUCGCAAGAUGACACGCGACUUCUCCUUCAACUCUACCGUCCGUUUAAACUCUGGCCAAGACCUCCCAUUACUGGGUCUCGGCACUUACCUGAACGAUGAUUGCAAGCCUGCUUGUCUUGCCGCGUUGAAAAAGGGUUACAAACACAUAGAUACUGCUCGUAUGUACGGUAACGAGUCACAAGUCGGUGAAGCACUCCGUGAAAGCGGCGUCCCACGAGAGGAGAUUUACAUCACCACGAAGAUCAACAAUAACGAACAUUCCUAUGAAGUUGCCUCCUCCUCUGUCGAUGACUCGCUCAAGACGCUGGGCUUGAAAUACCUCGAUUGCAUGCUCAUUCACAGUCCCCUUUCCAACAAGCCUAGUCGUCUCGAUACGUGGCGUGCCCUCGUUGAUUCAAAGAAACAAGGCAAAGUCAAAGCUAUCGGGGUCUCGAAUUAUAAUGUAAAACACUUGGAAGAGAUCCGAGAAGCCGGUUUGGAGUUGCCCAGCAUCAAUCAAAUCGAGCUUCACCCUCGCUGCCAGCAGAAGGACAUUGUUGCAUGGUGCAAGAAGUACAACGUCGUCGUCGAGGCAUAUGCGCCUCUUAUGCGUGGAGAAUGGAACUAUCCAGAGAUCACCGAAACUGCCAAGAAGUACAACAAGAACCCCGCCCAGCUCCUUCUUCGCUGGUCAUUGCAAAGCGGAUACGCUCCUCUCGCCAAGUCUGCGGACCCGAAGCGUGUUGUUUCGAAUGCAAUUGUCUUCGACUUUGAUAUCAGUGCUGAAGAUAUGGCUCUCAUUGAUGGUCUCGAUCGAGGCCAGGAAGGUGCUAUCACCUGGAACCCCAUCAAUGUAGAUUAGUUGCUUGGAUUUCUGUAAUAUAGCUGUGAGCUUGUAAAAAGUACAUCCUUCCUGGACAUUUCAGGAGUCUGUCGGCC